GCAAAACUGUAAAAGUUGUAAAACGACCAAGCCGUUUAGAAACGCAUACAUGCAAGGCUUUAUCAGGAUGAGAUCACAGCUUUAUCUGCUAAGUUCACAGUGCAUUCCAGACUCGUAGAUGCAAGCCUCCUCUUUCUCUGAUAACCAUUAGCAGUCUUGCAUCUGGCCAGGUGGAGAGCCGUGGUCCUCUCUCUCAUGCCCCCCACAGUGCCUCCCAAACUCCCUCUGGAAUGGAGAGCAGUCAACCAGUCAACAUCACCGAUCCAAGUACACGUCGGAAGAAGAAACGCAGAUCUCGGGCCGCAGACAGUUUCACUGGAAAAUUUUGUGAUCUGUACAGGCUGACCGAUGAGCUGCUGGGUCAGGGAGCCUAUGCUAAAGUCCAGGGGUGUGUGAGUUUACAGAAUGGAAAUGAGUAUGCUGUAAAGAUAAUAGAGAAGAACACUGGUCACAGUCGCAGUAGAGUUUUCAGAGAGGUGGAGACACUUUAUCAGUGUCAAGGAAAUAAGAACAUUCUGGAACUCAUUCAGUUUUUUGAAGAUGACAGCUGUUUUUAUCUUGUUUUUGAGAAGUUACGUGGAGGUUCCAUUUUGACACACAUUCAGAGUCGAAAAUACUUUGAUGAGAGAGAGGCUAGUCAUGUGGUCAGAGAUAUAGCACAUGCGCUGAACUUUCUGCACAACAAAGGAAUCGCUCAUCGGGACCUCAAGCCUGAAAAUAUCCUGUGUGAAUAUGCCGAUAAGGUGUCUCCUGUGAAGAUCUGUGAUUUUGACCUUGGCAGUGGAGUAAAGCUGAACAGUGCCUGUACCCCUAUAACUACCCCUGAGCUCACCACACCGUGUGGCUCGGCAGAGUACAUGGCUCCUGAGGUUGUCGAGGUCUUUACAGAUGAAGCAUCAUUCUAUGAUAAGCGCUGUGAUCUCUGGAGCCUUGGUGUCAUUCUCUACAUCCUUCUUAGCGGGAGCCCUCCCUUUACUGGCCACUGCGGCACCAACUGCGGCUGGGAACGAGGAGUGACCUGUCGUGCCUGCCAGAACAACCUGUUUGAAAGGAUUCAAGAGGGAAAGUAUGAAUUUGGGGAUGGAAUCUGGGCUCAGAUAUCAGAUGAUGCUAAAGAUCUGAUCUCACGGCUGCUGGUGCGAGAUGCCACUUUACGACUGAGUGCAGCUCAAGUCCUAAAGCAUCCCUGGGUGCAAGGGAAUACACCCGAAAGAGUUCUUCCAACUCCUUGUGUUCUACAAAGAAACUUCAGCACUAAAGACCUGACACAGUUUGCAGCAGAAGCCAUCGCAUUCAACCGACAACUGUCUCAGCAGGAGGAAGAGCAGGAGGAAUUUGGGGCCGUUGUCUGCUCUAUGAGGCUCUCCCCUCCCUCUAACUCAAGAUUAGCCCGUCGCAGAGCACAGUCGCAUGCACUACGCACGGAUACCUGACACCUGCCCACAGCACAGGAAUUGAGUAACACACAUACACAACACAUAUGGUGCAUUUUAAGGCUUCAUACAGGCAUACAUUCUCUGCCUAACAGAAUAGCUUAUUGAGGAUGCCUUAAAGCACUAACCCUCGGCAAACACAAUUGCACACCACAAGCUCAGUGCUUACUAACCUUAAGUAUGCUUACCACAAAAAAAAAAAACCUCAGAUAUUUCUAUUUUGCAUUUAAAUUAGCAUCAGGUUUAGGUUCAUGUUCAUCCUUAACUAGUUCUCAGUGUAAUGGAGUUUUGUCUUUUAAGUAUCAAAAACUAUAUAUAUGUAUUUUAAUAAUAUUUAAAUAUUUAUAAGCAAAUAUUUAUGACAAAGUGUUUUGCUGUCACAAAAAGGGUGCCCAGCUCUAAGGGAAUUUUGCAAAGCUAUUGAUUUUGAGUGGAGCUUUUAAACAUUAGCAUUUCUAUUCUAGGAAUGAUUUAACUUAAUUUUUAAAAAUUUUAAAUUCACUUAACAUUCUUUUAAGGGUUAGUUCACACAAAAUGAGAAUUCUUUCAUAAUUUACUCAACCCAAUGUCACACCAAACCUGUAUGAUUUUAUUUCUUCCAUGGAACACAAUUGGAAAAGAUUGGAAAGUCUUCCAAGUCUUCUUGCCAUAUAAUGUAUAGUGAAAAGUGAUUCCAGACUAUAAUACAAAAGCCAUAAGAUCACUUGAGUUGGUAUUCACCCCUAAAUUAAAGCUUUGAUCAACUUCCAAAAGUAGUGCCCAAAUCAAAUGUGGCAACUACUGUGCAGGUUGGCAGUAUGAAGAUUUUUCAAAGUGUUCCUUUUGUGAUCUAUGGAAGGGCAUAUAGAGGGUAAGUAAAUUAUGCCAGAAAUGUACUUCUGGUGAACUGAAACUAUUCCUUUAAGGUAUUUCAGUUACUGUGAAUUACUGGACCUCUUGCAUUUUGUUACUUUUUAUUUAUAACAAGAUGUACACAUAUUAACCCAUCUAGCCCUAUAAACUUCUAGCUGUACAUCAUUAUUGUUGAGUAAACAAUGUCUUUGUUUAUUUGAGCAAUGUAAGCCAUGCUGCCUGACACUAAUCAACCUUAGAAUUUCAUGCCUAUCUAUACAAAUGUAUAUUGUGUGGCAUGCUCUGUGUAAAGCUUGAAGAGGUAUGUAUGCAGUAAGGUGCUGAGGUAGAAAUUUGACCAAUUACUGUCUGGUUUGUAAAUAUGGUACAGUAAUUAUUUUUGUGUCUUUCAGGUUUCUGAUUUUAUAUAUAUAUAUAUAUAUAUAUAUAUGAAACUAUAUGCUUUUGUUUUGUGUAGAAUUAUAUCUGUCUUUUUUAAAGUGUUGAAUAUUCUGUUGCAAACAUGCAGUAUUUUCUAUGAAUCAGGGCAGUGGGCAUGUUCUGUUAAUAGACUAGUUGAUAGGUGCUGUAAAUUUAAAAUGUUUUGCAUUCAGUGAAUUUGGGGCAGAGCUCCUAAAAUGUGGUGGUCAACUGUUAAAGGAGCUUUGCUGCUAAAAGACCUCACAUUUGCCUUUUGUAUUAACAAAUUAUAAAACAUUACCUUCCUUAAAGUUAUUUUUCCUCUUAUCCCUUGCUCAAAAUGCUGCUUGAGGUGAGAAGAAUACAUUUUAUUUUUUUACAGUAUGUACGUUCAUGAGCAUGUGUUGGGAAACAUUCAAUGUACCUGGGAUGAAACUAGAGCGCACUACCUCAUUUAAAUGGUCUAUGUUCUCAGAGUGUGUAUGAUAUACCUUUAAUGAACUAAAGUGCUUCCCAGUCUUGGUUCAGGAAUGUCAUCCUACAGGAAUAAGAAUAA